AUGGCGAAAGCCUCGGCAGGCAUCGGUGGCGGGGCAUACCUGGACGACUCCGACGCGACCGUGAGCGGCUGCCGUUUCGAGAACAACGUGGCGGAGGGAAUCGACCUGUUUGGUCAGCUGGCGUCCUUCGGGGCUGGGCUCGCGACUCGCGGACCCACACACGUCUUGGACAUGAGCGACUCGAGCUUCGUCGCAAACGCGGCGGGAAAGGGGGGCUCCGGCGGAGGGAUCUGGGUAGAGGACGGUGCGAAGGCGGUGCUGGCCAGGACGAAGUUCGUCAACAACACCGCUGCGUCCAGCUACACCCACAAGGGGGCCGGGGGAGGCGUUGCGGUGUCGGCGUCAGCUAGCCUGACGAUGUCCGAGGGCUGCGUGCUCGAGGGGAACGUGGCUGGGCCAGAGGACGUCGGGGCGUCGGACCCUUCUUGCUUGUCCGGUCAAGGCGGCGGAAUCCACGUCUCCGGGUCGGCCAUCACCCUGUCAGGCGUUUCUCUGCGGAGAAACCGCUGCGAGACGGGGGCUCUCGACGCCGGCUGCUCGGGAGGCGCGGUCAGCCUCACCGGGCGGGGGCCUCAGGCGACGGCUGCCGUGGCAGCACGCGACGACGACAACAACAACAACGACAGCGGAGGGGCGGCCUUUGACGAUUGCCUGUUCGAGGGCAACGAGGCCAGGGGAGCGGCCACGAACAACGUCUACAGCGGGGCCGGCCAGGGCGGCGCCGCGGCGAUCCGCUUCGCCUUUCCCAGGUUCACCGGGUGCAACUUCACCGGCAACGCCGCCGAGGGGGGGGGUGGCGCGGCCCCGGCUACCGGCGGAGCGGUGCUGCUGUUCCUUUCCCGGGGAGGAGGAAGCUCCCCCGCCGCCGCCGCCGCCGCCGCCGCCUCUGAUGGCGGAAUGGAAACCCCGCCCCCGACGUUUGUUAACUGCAAGUUUACCUCAAACAUCGCCGGAUCCGGGGGCGUCCCCACAGACGGGAAUGCCUUGGGGAGGGGUUUCAGGCAGGGGCACGGGAUCGGAGGGGCUCUGGCCGCGAUUGCCUCUUCGCCUCUGCUCUCGGGCUGCUCGUUCUGGAACAACUCCGCCGUGGCGGUGUUCCCGUCAUCUUCUGACUUGUGA